AGUGAUCUCUUUUCAGUUUCGUUCUGGCGGAGCUCGGUGGUGAACCGCAGACAAAGCACUGUUCGAGUAAAAGCAGCCAGUAGUGGGAAGACCGGCAUUGACUUCACUGAUCCUGAUUGGAAGCUGAAAUACCAGAAGGAAUUUGAAUCUCGCUUCAGUAUUCCUCACAUCACCGAUGUAUUCCCUGACGCAGUUUCUUACCCCUCCACCUUUUGCCUUAAAAUGCGAACACCAGUAAGUGAAGUUUUUGCACAAGGGUACCCAUCGGAUGAAGAAUGGCAUGGAUAUGUCAACAAUAACGACAGAGUGCUUCUUAAGACAAUAUAUUAUUCCUCUCCGACUUCAGCCGGUGCGGAGUGCAUUGAUCCUUGUUGUACAUGGGUAGAACAAUGGGUUCACCGUGCGGGUCCUCGCGAGAAGAUUUAUUACAAGCCCGAAGAAGUGAAAGCAGCGAUUGUGACUUGUGGCGGGCUUUGUCCUGGUCUCAAUGAUGUUAUCAGACACAUAGUCAUCACACUUGAGAUAUAUGGUGUGAACAAGAUUGUUGGGAUUCCCUUUGGAUAUCGUGGGUUUUCUGAUGAUGGUCUUUCUGAAAUGCCUCUAUCUAGGAAAGUGGUUCAAAACAUUCAUCUCUCUGGGGGAAGCCUGUUAGGAGUUUCACGUGGAGGACCUAAACUCAGUGAUAUUGUGGAUAGUAUUGAGCAAAGAGGAAUCAAUAUGUUGUUUGUGCUAGGUGGAAACGGGACACAUGCUGGUGCUAAUGCUAUCCAUGAUGAGUGUCUUAAACGGCGGCUAAAGGUGGCUGUCGUUGGUGUACCAAAAACAAUAGACAAUGAUAUUAUGCUCAUGGAUAAAACCUUUGGUUUUGAUACCGCAGUUGAAGAAGCACAAAGAGCUAUUAAUUCUGCUUACAUUGAGGCUCAUAGUGCUUAUCGUGGUAUUGGAGUUGUGAAGUUGAUGGGUCGUAGUAGUGGCUUUAUAGCAAUGCAUGCAUCACUAGCCAGUGGGCAAAUCGACAUAUGCUUAAUUCCAGAGGUACCUUUUAAUCUGCAUGGACCACAUGGUGUUUUAAGACAUCUAAAGUAUCUUCUCGAGACAAAGGGUUCAGCUGUGCUUUGUGUGGCUGAGGGAGCGGGGCAGAUUUUUCUUGAGAAAACAAAUGCCAAAGAUGCAUCUGGAAAUGCCGUGCUUGGAGACAUAGGUGUUUAUAUACAACAAGAGAUAAAAAAGUACUUCAAGGAGAUUGGUGCUUCAGCAGAUGUGAAAUACAUUGAUCCAACAUACAUGAUCCGUGCAUGCCGCGCAAAUGCAUCAGAUGGAAUUCUCUGUACAGUCCUUGGUCAAAAUGCCGUUCAUGGUGCGUUUGGUGGAUAUAGUGGCAUCACCGUGGGAAUAUGCAACACACAUUAUGUGUACUUUCCCAUUCCUGAAGUCAUUUCUCAUGCAAGGUGCAUCGACCCCAAUAGUCGGAUGUGGCACCGUUGCCUUACGUCCACCGGCCAGCCCGACUUUAUUUAAUUCCUCCUGCAUACCAUUUCUUUUUUCUUUUUUCCCUAUCAGCCCACAAGUACUGAAGCUGAACCAUUGCAAAUUAUUUUUUUCUUAGUGCCCGCUCCUUUGUUGUAACUAUAUACAAAUUAUAAAUAAAUAAAUAAAUUCCUACUUCUGGACUUUCUUGUCAAACGUAGAAUGGAGUCUUUAUUUUUUACAUUUAAUUUGCGGGAUGCACUCAUUCGUUUAA